UCCGAGUCCGGUCCUCCUCCAAGGUCAUAUGAGCCGGCUGCCGAGAUUCGCGCCGGUCCAGUCACCCACAAGCCGACGACAGAGUCGCUGCUUCUUAUGCGUCUUGGUUACUUCGUUCGUUCACAACCCAUCUCUGCUCUGUCUGCUGAGUCGGCGGUGGUAAAGCCAAAUUGUACGAGGCAUGCCAUCACUUGGCAGCUGAUGUACAGUGCAUUUUUCGAUUAG